AUGACAAUUUUCUUGAAAUAUUUUCUGGAUUCGGAACACCUCAAGGAGAAGGGAGAAAACUGUGACAUUUUUUUUUUCUACCAAAGAAGUAAGAAGGGAGGGAAGCUAAUGAGGACGCCAUUAUCGUCGAUUCACUUUUUCUCGAGACGCAGACGUGAUUUCGCCGCAAAAUUUGACUCUUGUAGCGCCAAAGUGUGCAGACGUCUUCUUCAAGUAUAUACCCACCAUAGAAAAACUUUAGAUAAACUAAAAUCAGUGCAGCUGGUGAUUUGCUGUAUACCAUGCAGCUGCUCCCUUAUGUCAUCAAAGCUGCACACAACAGUGCAUCUUCAAAUGGUAGGAAUGAAUGAAGACAAUGUUGGCACAAAUGUUGUUUCUACUGCCAGCACAUCAAAAUCUGUUCAAGAAGAAAUAUCUGUUGAUGUUCCUGGGAAUGUAACAGCAAUUGUAAUGAAUGAAGUGGGUGUUCCAACAGUUGCUCUUACAGAAACAACAGGUGUCACUGUUGCUGGAGAUGAUAAUGUUUCAACUGCUGCUACUGAGGCAUUGGCUGUGUCAAAUUCAGUCAGUGUUGGGACAGCUAUUACAAAACCAGCUCCAAGAGUUGUCAAUGCUGUGCACUUGAUGACUCAUAUGAGUAAUCAAGAUUUGAGUGAUGAAUCCAUUUUUUCUGCAGAUGAUGAAGACUCUUGUGAUGGAGAACCAUCAGAAAAAAGGAUGAAGUUAGAACAAGAUAUUAAUAUUAAUAUGGAGCAAUCCAUCAAGCAAAUUUUAUUCAACAUCAAUAAAGCAAUAUGUUUACGACUUGACAGCAUAGAGAGUAAACUGGAAAAUAUGGGUUUACGGACAAAAUAUUUGGAAGUUAAAGUUUUGGAAUUAGUGGCGCAAAAUAAGAACAACAACAACAACAAUAACAACAACAACACCAAUAAUAAUAACAACAACAACAACAUUGUUACUACUUUUAAUUCCAAACGGGGUUCUGUUUCACCUUCCCGACGGUCUGGUGCUCUCAUAGUUGGAUUACCUCAGGACAGGAAUGGUGAAGAAGAAAGCCCGCUGGAUAAAGCAAUUGAUGCAGAUAUAUUGCAAGCCAUCCAAUUAGACAGUAAAGAUAAAAAAGGAAAAUUAAUUUCACCAAAUGCUGGAUUUAAUUCCAUGGACAACAACUUCCGUAACAUUGGUCCCAAUGUAACUCUGAUUACAUUGAAUUCAGAAGAGGAUUACCCACAUGGUUGCUGGCUUGGUGAUGAAAAUAAUCCUGAAAUGCGUGUUAGAGUGCCUAUUUCUUCAAGUGACCUUCUACAUAUUCACUCCAAUUGUCGGACAGCAGAAAAAAUGGCAUUGACUUUACUUGAUUAUUUGUUUGAUCGAGAGACACAGGCUUGUUCAAAUUUAUCAGGGAUGGGGAAACAUGGCAAAAAACAGCUUGACCCUUUGAUGAUUUAUGGAAUUUGGUGUCACUUAAUUUAUCGGUUUCGGAUUAAUGAGUCUGAUUGGCAAAGAAUUAAACAAAAUAUUGACUCAAAAUGUCGGACUGCUUUUCGCCGCAAGUUAAGGGGUUUGCCUUUAACUGUUAAGGCUUUUCGAGGCAAAGCUCCUCCUAGUUAUAUUCAUAACCCAGGAAUGGGAUUCAAUUCCAUAAUGAGUUCACAAAGUAGUUUUGAAGAUUCAAAUCCACAUGAAGAUACAAAAUUCCACAUACAUCAGGGUGAAGUGGAUAUUCAGAAUGCUGUCACGAUGCAAGGGGAAGCCUUACAACAAGGGGAAAUCCAAAUUCUUCAUGCAACACCAGAACAAAUUUCUCAACUUCAACAUGCACAGCAUAUUCAGAUAUUACAAGGUGAUCAUGUUUUACAGCAAUUUCAAGGUGCUGAUGGUCAAGAAGGUGUUCAAGUUGCUGUUUCUAUGGGAACACCCGAAGGAGUCCAUGUUGCCACAGUUACCACAGAAAAUGGAGAAAUAGUCCAUAUUCACCAAGGAGAAGCGGCAGCAAAUCAAGCGGCAACAAAUCAGUCAAUUACUGUACCUUCAGCUACUACGACAAGUCCUGUUGUUGCUGUAACGGACACACCAUCUGUUGUUAUAGAACAAGCAGAGUGA